AUGUGUCUGACCUAGCGAAAUAGUAUCAACAAUGAUGGCGGUCACAUUGCUGAUUGUGUCGUUUAUUCUGUGUGUAAAUUACGGACAAAUACUAGCACAAACUGAAUUUAUUCCGUAUGAGAUACCUUCUAGUUGUAAUACAACUCAAUUCUAUGAUAAGUUAGUUUUAAAAUGUAAGCCGUGCCCUGAGAAUACGACAGUGAGUGCGGAUCAGUUGAACUGUGAAUGCAAGGAUGGAUACAAGUACCUCACCAACUUUGGUGGCAGUAAUGUGCAGUGUGAGAAAUGUCCGCUUAAUCAGGCACGAUCCUUGGAUGGCUGGAGGUGCGUCAACUGUACCUCAUCGACUGCAUUUGACCCAGCAACUCUCAAGUGUAACCCAUGUCCAGACUUACCAGUGGAGCGUGAAAUUGAUGGAAGCAUUGUGACAGCUGGACAGGUGUGCAGAACAUGUACUGAUUCAACAUUUCGCGUUGACAACAGAUGUGAGCGCUGUACAGCCUACUUGUCCCUUGACCCCGCGCUGACAUCAUGUCUAUGUCCUGUUGACAAUCAGAAAGGAGGGUUAUGCUUUGCUUCUACGAACACACCCGAUGACAAGGUGCCCCUAUCUAGUGGCGAUGUGGCGUCCCUUUAUCUGAGAGAAAACCUAGAGGCUGCCUACACCAUGUGUCAGUUGAAGCAGAAUUCUACUGCAUGCAUGAUUUUGAGUAACUUGUGCGUUCUCACGUGGUACGAAUUUGACGGGGAGAAUGCCAAUCGAGCUUGUAACAUGUAUAAGGAGAUUGAGGCAAGCUUGCCUGACAGUGUGCCCAUGCUGUACUACGAGGAAGGGAAUGGUGACAGGAUAUUGGAAGAUACCUCCCAGAAUACAGUGUACACCUUCAGCCCGGUGUCCUACUUAAACUUCCAGGUGGCACGAUACAGUAUCGAUGGCCAAUUCCUCGGAAUAUCACCAGUUACGAACGGGCUUCUGCAGCUGUGUACGGACACAACAAAAAGGCUUGAUGCAGCCUACACUUUUGGAACAUACUAUUCACAAACGUGUUCAAUUCCGGCCAUUGACCUGUGGGACCAGAAUAAGUACCCGAUGGAGUUCUACGAUAUGUAUCUUAAGUUUACAAAAAAUGGGGCCGAACAGAUGUAUAAAACACCGCUGAGGAUAUAUAACUACGUUAGUAGUGGCAGCACCGUCAACACAGGAAGUGACGCUCAGGACUGGCAGCUGGUGAGACGGUUCUUCAUGGUGGACAACGUGGCAUCGGGAUCAGUUUCCCCACCCGAGUAUGUUAGGUAUGUGAAGAGUAUCGAGAUAAUCGUCCGACUGACAGAGGCUGGCGAUGGUACCAUUUAUCCACCGUAUUUCAACAUCGAGUAUGAUCAGGUCUCCCUGACGAACGCCAACGAAGGAACAACCAUUUCUCCAACCUUUACAGUGACGUACUGGAUGACACAGAUUCAGUUCCGACGAGACUUCCAAAUUGCGACAGGCACCUUGUCCACGCUAGGUGUACUGUAUGCUGGGUACAGGGCCUGGGUCUGGUCUAAACGAGCCGGUAAAAUUGCCAUAGACUUCGGAACUAUCCUCAAUUUCAUCUUCUUCGCUGCUGGCUCCCUGGCAAAUGUCUUCUUUGUCAUAUCCUUCGGCAUUGCGUUUUAUUUCCUCGUUUUUUACAAGGAUCAGGAUGUUUUGUUCCUAUUUCACCUGCGUGACUUGGCAGAGGAAGAAUGGUUGGCCCUUUUCGGUGCAGCAUUUGCACUCAAAGCCCUUCAGAUAAUCCACUUGAUUGUCAUCCAAUGUACAGCUGACGUCUUCUUCAUUGACUGGGAGCGUCCCCGAGGUGCCGGACAGGUCACUGACUCCAAGAAACCAGUAGGCACGGUGUCAAUUUGGCGUACAUACUUCAUUGCAAACGAAUGGAAUGAAAUUCAGACAACAAGAAAGGUCAACCACAUUUUCCAGAUUUUUGCAGUGGUGUUUUUCCUGUAUGUUGUGGGUUUCGAAAACGUGGCUACAAAAGAUCCGAAUGGCAGUGUGAUCAAGGAUUCCUCGGAGUACAUGGCUGACAUGAGUACAAUGUUCAGAUACGGUAUUGCCGGUUCUGUCUAUCUUAUUGUAGGUGUGGUUCAGUGGAUAUUUUUCACUUUUAUCUACGAGCGUUUCGUGGAGGACUCGAUCCGUCAGUUUGUCGACCUGUGCUCCAUGAGUAACAUCAGUGUAUUUGUGAUGGCCCACGCCCAGUUUGGAUACUACAUCCAUGGCCGAUCUGUCCACGGCCGAGCUGAUACAAACAUGAAGGAAAUGUUUGAGAUGAUGAAAAGAGAGGAGGAGGAUUUAUGCGGACAGAGAGGUCUCGUGCCUAACACUGAUAACCAGACAUUCAUGAUGGCACUGCCGCGUAAACUCCGUCUGAAGUACGAACAGGUGAUGCUACCUGUGGCUUUAGAGAAUGCUGGGGCAGUAGGUGCACCCAAGGGAAAGAGCUCCGCCAAUGAAAAACAGGUUGAGGCUUACUCGGUGAUCAACAGGUUCCUGUCAGCAUUUAUUGAUCACUCCUUGAAGGAUCUUGAUUAUGUGGUGAAGGAUAAGACAUUGAUGGAAAGCAUCAUGGAUACCGAAUUUUUCGAUGCCUCAGAGAAGGGCAUUUUUUAUAAUGAUGAUGGCCAUUCGUUUGACAACUGUCUAUUCUAUGGCAAUGAAGGCACACUGCUGCUCUUUGAUGCUAUCCUUUUCUGCAUCAUCGAUCUCAUCGCCACCAACUUUGUCCUCGCCGGUGUCAUCACAUAUAUCAUUAUAGAGAUAAUCGCUAUUAUACGGCGCAGUGGAGGAGAGAAGAACUUAGCCAAGAAAACUCUAGUAGACGAGAGAUUCCUUAUAUAAACCAAUCAGAAUCUCCGUACUAUCCGACUUGCGUCCAGACUUGCCUGUCCAGUCAGACCAAUGAUUAAUCGUUUCUGGAUUUCUUUGGAAUUGUUUGAUGGUACUUGGACCAAAUGAGGAGACAGUUUUAUGUGGUUUAAAUCAUUUGCCAUCGUUUUCUCAUGGAUGAUAAAUAUCCAGGAUGUAAAUAUUUCAUUCACUAAGGAUGGACCAAUAUAACAUUAUUCUUGGGUCAGUUGGAGAUUCCAGAUUCUCGCAAGUGUUAAUAACUACAGCAUCGACUAGUGCUUGGUACACAUAUUCCCCAACACAUCAAACGUGAAAAAUAAAUUGUCAUUUUUUGCAUGUCUAAGUAGUGUUAAUAGUCCCCUACCGGUAAAACCAGAGGGACUAUAUGUUUCUUCUCCGUCCGUACAUAUGUACAUAAUCCCAAAGUCUGUCAGCACUCUAACAGCUUCAUUCCUUGAGGUAUUUUAAUCAAACUUCACUCAUUGAUAAAGGACCAUAAUAUCUCGGACAAUUUUGAGUUUCAGAGUUUCCAGGUCAACGUCAAGGGGCUGUUAGGGGACAUGUAUGUAUACCCAGAAUGCUCGUACUGAUUUAUGUAUAAAAUUAAUCAACGAUCAGACAUUUUACGUCUGACUAUGACUAAAUCUAUCAUGAUUUUCUGUGAUCAUUCGUGGCGUGACUCUAAAGUGGUAAUUUUAAAGUCUGAAAGUAAUGAGAUUUACAACAGACUUGAAAAGCAAACUAUGAAAUAAACAACUAAUAAGUUACAUCAAAAUAGAGCUAGAUACCUAUAUACAGUAAUGUAUGUUAAAGAAAUAUUCCACAUUGUCCCCCAUUUUGAUAAUUGUUUUUUCGAUUAUCAAUAGUUUGAGAAAUUUAGAUGAUCGAUCUGGACUAUUAAAAUAAUCAUCCUCACAAGGUUUAAUUUUCAUAAUCUCAAGAUAUAAGAUUUUUUUUUUCAUAUAUAUUGACGCCAGCAUCAGUUUUCAAGGAUAUAUCUUGAUGUUUAGUAAUUAGCCUACGACAAACAACAUAAUUGUAUAUAUAAUUGUUAUGUAUAUAGUAACAAAACUUAUAUCAUUAUAUUUAUAUCCAUUUAUCAUUUGUAAAUAACCAUAGUGUAAUGUCAGUGAAUCUAUCAUAAAAACAAACUUUCUUGACAUCACACUUACAAUAAACAGGUAUUGGUAGUUUUAAAUUGAAUAUUAGUGUAGGUGUCCUUAUAUGGGUAUUUUUCUAUUCUAAGUCCCCUACUGGUAAAACCGGGCCAGGGGGGGGGCUUUACUUUUUCCUCUCCAUUGAUCUUGUACUAAUAUAACAAUAUAACACCAAAAUUUGUCAACAAUCUAACGGUUUCAUUCCUUGAAGGAUUUUUAUCAAACUUUACACAUUGAUAAAAGACCAUAAUAUCUGGUACAAGUUUGAGUUUCAGGGUUUUCAAAUUAAGGUCAAGGUCACUAUCUAUUUUUAGUGGGGGCCAGUAGGGGACAUAGGCAAUGCCCAGGACGCUUAUUCAAUUAAAACUACAAAUACCUACAUAUUGUUUGUGAUAACCUAUUUUAAUGCUUCUUAAUUUGAAGGAAUGCUUUGUCCACUAUGUUCGGACAAUGUUAAUACCUUUGAAGAAAUAACUGUUAUCAGUAUCAAAUUUUUUCAUUUAAAUCUCCAGUUUAAAACUACUGUUAAAUUCGUAAUUGAUUUGAACCAUGUAAACUUUUAUUAUUUGUGAUUUAUUUUUUACUUACAAAAGUAAAAAUGAGAUUUAAAUUGAUCAAGAUGAAAUCUUUAAUGAAAAUAUGUCCAGCUUUCCACAUUCCAGAUUCUAGAUUCCUGUCUUUAUAUGUGAUAUAGUGUUUCAUUAGCUGCAAGAUUUUCUUGAUACACCCUUCAAAAUUUCAGUCUUAAUUUGACUUUCAAUGUUUAAAUUUUUUUUUUAAUUUUGAAACUUGAAAUUUGAAAACAUGAAAUUGACUUUUGCUAUCAAUGAUAA